GCCGAUGCUAAUCAAGCACCGCAGAAACAGCGCAGCGAUCACGUGUCGACUGCCUGCUCGAGCAACACGCUACCUUGAUGCGCUAAAGAAGUGAUCCCAUGUACUUGAAUUGACGUUAGAGAUGCCAAGACUCGAUGAUCCAAGAGCUGUCAUACCGGUAGUGUAGCUGUGGCCCGCAAUCAUUGACGAGUGCCACCAGUUUCACCUCGCUUGGCCUCGCCGUCUACUCCUACGGCACAUAUAUCUAUUGAGGCCAUAGAUGCUGCAGACUUGCUGCGCGUACUCUGAGCCAUCGAUGCCUCUCAGCUCGGUGGGAUGCUUUUACCGUACGCGGAAUGCCACCAAGUUCCAGCACCUUCUACGAGCACAAGGAUCGGUGAUCAUUUUGACGUCCGCUCUCCAACAGGUAUCCUUCCCGCAAGGCCUUGCUUGUAGUCUCGUUGAGUCUCGUGGAGUCUCGGCCUAGCUUCGAUGGAUUUGAUUUGUUUGUGGCACAUGCCGAAAACAACGUUUUCUGGAAUGUCGAACUUAGCCCGUCGACGCGAAUCUUUCGCAUUUUCCGACUUGCCGCAACGAGACGAUGGCCGACGAACGCUUCGACGGGCUCCUCCUGCAGAUGGCGCAGCAGCAGCAGGGCAUUGAGCCCAUGCUCACGAGCGUCUUCUCGUUCUUGCGCCGCAAGACCGACUUCUACGCCGGCGCGUCCCAGGACAAGGUCGAGCAAAUGGUGCUGAACGUCCUGCGGCGCGAAGCGGCGCUGGCCGAGCGCGAGCGCUACGACCGCAAGCAGCAAGAAGAGAAGGAGAAGAAGAAGCGUCUCGAGGCCCAGAAGAAGAAGGAUGCAGACGACGCGGCGCGCAAGGCGGCCGAGAUGGAGUCGCGCUUUGAAGAGAUCGUCGACGAGCAGCCGGCGCCUGUGCUGGAGGCCAAGCCCAUCGCGACGCCUACGCCCGCGCCUACCAACAACCCUGCAGACAACGACGACGAUGAUGAUGCGUCUCCGCCGCUCGAGGGCAACGGCGGCAAGACCGAGCACUACGUCUGGACGCAGACGUUGCAGGAGGCGCAUGUGUCGAUCGCGGUGCCCAACGGCACGACGUCGCGCCAGGUGUUUGCCGACAUCCGCGCCAAGACGCUCAAGGUCGGCCUCAAGGGCCAGCCACUUCUCGUCGACGGCGAGCUUCACAAGCGCGUCAAGGUCGAAGAUUCGUUCUGGACGCUCGAGGACGGGAACCGCAUUUGCAUCUACCUCCAAAAGGAAAACCAAAUGGAGUGGUGGAAGAAUGUGAUCCAAGGCGACCCGGAGAUCAACACGAAGAAGGUGCAGCCAGAGAACUCGAAGCUCAGCGACUUGGACGGCGACACGCGUCAGACGGUCGAGAAGAUGAUGUUUGACCAGCGCCAGAAGCAGAUGGGUCUGCCCACGAGCGACGAGCUCAGCAAGCAAGAGAUUUUGAAAAAGUUUAUGGCCGCCCACCCCGAAAUGGACUUUAGCAAGGCCAAGCUCAACUAGCUCACUCGACUGUAUACAACACUUGCCCCGUCUCUCUCAUGUGGCUUGCGUCUCGGCUGCUUGGAGCAUCUCCACAUACAACGCUGGGAUCCACUAGACGCGGAGGUACCCCUGGCCCUCGACGUAACGCAAGAGCUUGGCUUGCUUGGGCAACGGGGUUUCGGCGCCGGCGUUGAUGGCGACACCGAUGCGCGUCGAUGGCGGGCAGAUC